AUGAUUCGGACGAGUUGCCAAAUAACACCAGUACGUACAGUACCAUGGCAUCCGGUGCUUCACGAACCGUCAGGUUUCAGAACGACGUCGACGUGAAGCACUUCAGAGCGAGCCCUCUCGAGAGCCCGCAACCACCGUCGGGCAGAAAGCGCAGCAGGUCCCAUGACCCGAGGCGGUGCUGGCCGGGAUCCCGUGACUCCCCGGAGAAACCGCGCGCGCGCACGAGCGGCGGCAGGGCCCUCAAAGACAGGGUGCUGUCGCGGGCCUUCUCGGAGGAGCUGGAGUCGCUGAUGCACGCCGGCGGCGACCGCCACCUCUUCUUCUUCUUCGACCCGCGCGGGCAGGUGAUCCACCGGUGGCACAAGGUGUUCCUGGCCGCCUGCCUCGCGUCGCUCUUCGUGGACCCGCUCUUCCUGUACCUGACGGGGACGCGGCGGGACGCGUGCGUCGGCUUCGACUACUCGCUGGCGCUCACGCUCUCCAUGAUACGCUCGCUGCUGGACGUCUUCUACGCAGCGCACAUCGUCAUCCGCUUCCGCACCGCCUUCAUCGCGCCGUCCUCGCGGGUGUUCGGGAGAGGGGAGCUCGUUAUCAACCCGUACCAGAUCGCCAGGCGGUACCUUGCAUGGACCUUCUGGUUCGAUCUGUUCACCGCACUACCACUGCCGCAGUUCGUGUUGUGGGUGGUGGUGCCGAAGCUGAGGGAAUCCGCGAUCACAAACAUAAAGAACGUGCUCCGCUUCAGCAUCAUUUUCCAGUACCUGCCGCGGCUGCUACAGAUCUUCCCGCUGACGAGGCGGAUCGUGAUGGCGACGGGGGUCAUGACCGAAAACGCCUGGGCCGGAGCAGCCUACAACCUCAUACUCUACAUGCUAGCCAGCCACGUGCUCGGAGCACUGUGGUACCUCUUCUCGGUGCAGCGGCAGGAGUCGUGCUGGCGGCAGGCGUGCCGCGUCGAGGGCCCGCCGUGCCAGGACAUGUUCUUCGACUGCACGAGCACGGUGAGCAGCAACCGGAGCGUCUGGUACGCGCUCACCAACGUCACCAGGCUCUGCGCCCCCGGCAACAACGGCUUCUACCAGUUCGGGAUCUUCGGCGAGGCGCUGGACGCGCAGCUCACCACCUCCUCCUUCACGCACAAGUACUUCUACUGCUUCUGGUGGGGGCUCAAGAACCUCAGCUGCCUGGGCCAGAACCUCAACACCAGCCUCUCCAUCGGCGAGAUCAGCUUCGCCAUCGUCAUCGGCGUCCUCGGCCUCGUGCUCUUCGCGCUGCUCAUCGGCAACAUGCAGUCCUACCUCCAGGCCACCAUGGUGCGGCUGGAGGAGUGGCGGACCAAGCGCACGGACAUGGAGCGCUGGAUGCAGCACCGCCAGAUCCCGCAGCCGCUCAAGGAGUGCGUCAGGCGCUACCACCAGUACAAGUGGGUGGCCACCCGCGGCGUCAACGAGGAGGCGCUGCUCGAGGACCUCCCCAUGGACAUCCGCCGCGACAUCAAGCGCCACCUCUGCCUCGACCUCGUCCGCCGGGUGCCGCUGUUCGACGAGAUGGACGAGCGCAUGCUGGAGGCCAUCUGCGAGCGCCUGCGCCCGGCGCUCUACACGCGCGGCACUCGGCUGGUGCGGGAGCUGGACCCCGUCGACUCCAUGCUCUUCAUCAUCAGGGGCCACCUCGACUCCAACACCACCCAGGGCGGGAGGUCCGGCUUCUUCAACUCGUGCCGCAUCGGGGCGGGGGAGUUCUGCGGGGAGGAGCUGCUGACGUGGGCGCUCGACCCGCGGCCCGCCGAGGCGCUGCCGAGGUCCACGCGCACCGUGCGCGCCGUCUCCGAGGUCGAGGCGUUCGCGCUCGUCGCCGAUGACCUCCGCUUCGUCGCGUCGCAGUUCCGCCGCCUGCACAGCGCGCGCAUCCGGCACAGGUUCCGCUUCUACUCCCACCAGUGGCGCACCUGGGCGGCGUGCUUCAUCCAGGCCGCAUGGCGCCGCCACAAGCGCCGACGCGCGUCCAUGGAGCUCAGGGUGCGCGAGGGCGGCAGCGAGGCGUGGCCGGGAGGGAGCGUCAGGCGCCGUCGGCACAGUUGCGACGGCAAGGCGCUCAAGAAACCCACGGAGCCGGAUUUCACGGUGGAGCAAGAGGAAUGAAAUGUUUCUUGCUUUGCUUUCUGAGCUGGCAACGGCGUCAUUAGUUCCGCAAAAGUCAAACUUGACAAACUUUAAUCAAAAUUUUGGAAAAUUAUCAAAAUCUAUAAUAUCAACCAUACACCAUAUAUGGAAUAUAUUUUAUGAUGAAUCUAACGAUAUUAUCAUAUUCUUGAUGUUAAUAAAAAAAUUUAUAAAUUCGGUCAAAGUUCACAAAGUUUGGCUUUAAAAAAAUUCUAAUACGCACUAUGUUUUAAGACGAAUGGAGUACAGUUGUUGGAGCCAAGGUUCUUAGGACUGACUCUUAAAAAAAACUCGUAGGGUAGUGUUCAUGUAAGCUAUUUAUUGUUCCGAUAAAUGAUAAUGUAUUACUGCCGAGUUAAUACCAAAUA